GUGUGUGUGGCCCAAUUAGUGAUUUAUUUUUUUACAGUCUACAUUAGUCUACAUUUCACUUGUAGACUACACCGUGUGAGGAACUUAUAGUCUCAAAGAAGUCCACAUCUCAAGAGAAAUACAAAGAUUGUUAACUAACAGAACCGCCAGUGAACGCAGUGGCUAGAAGCUCUUUCGCGAACAGGAGCAGAGUAACCUUCAGACAAGAGUCACUCUUCUGGAUGAGUUCAGUGAGAACAAACCGUAGGGAGGCAUACAAAACAUCUGCCAACAGGAUGGAUAACAGUGGAGAUUUUGAACGUGCGGUGGAGGAGAUGGAGUGGGAAGACGUGAUAUCCACUCUCCAGGUGGCAAUUGAUGAACUACUGGGAAACGCACCCAACCCUCCACCCUGUCCUCUUCCUGUCCCUGAUGGGCUUGUAGGAAAUGACGCCCACCCUCAGACAGUGGAAAGUCUGAGCGGAGGAUAUGGUGGGUACUUCCCACUGGGAGCACCUCCCCACACUUGUGAGCAGCCAAGUCCGUUGAUGACUCCUUCAGGACUGAACGCUGGACAGGCUGCACCCAUCAUCUACCAAGGAGCACUGUAUGAUCAGAGCGUCAUGCAGUCAGGUCACCUGGGACAGUGGCCUGUGGAUGACGUCCCAAGAUCAGCAGCCGCUAGUUACCCUGCUGCUCCUCCAUACCCAUAUGGCUAUGCGCCAGCGGUGAGGCACCUUGAAGGCACGGGCCAGAGCCUGCCUCCAGUUGGAGUGCUGAAUGGACACCUGGUGUACGGGACCACAGCAGAUGUUUUCGCUUCUUCUUACUUUGCUGCUCCUCCGCUGAACACCUCCGUGUCAAACAAGGAAAACCAGUGCGAUGAAUUUCAGCCAUACGUAAAGAAGCCGCCCAAUGCAUUCAUGCUGUUCAUGAAGGCGCAGAGGCCGAAAGUUAUGGCCGAACUGAAAAUCAGCGGGAGUGUGGUGGUAAACACUAUCCUGGGACAGAGGUGGAAGUUGCUGUCAAAUGAGGAGAAGGCCAAAUAUAUUGAAGAGGCACAAAAAGAGAAACAGCUUCACUCACAGCGACACCCCUGCUGGUCAUCCAAGGAAAAUUAUGGCAAAAAGAGAAGGAGGAAGAGGAACGUGUUCACCCCCAGUGUUCGAGCGUCUGCAUCUAAACUCAGAGAGGCCACUCAACGGGCCAAGAAGCUGUGUGUGACCCCAGUGCAGACAGCAGUGAAGGAGCCUUCUCCGUCACAGAGAGCGUCAAUGGAGCCUUCUCUCUCUCACAGAGCAGUGAUGGAGCCUUCUCUCUCUCACACAGCAGUGAUGGAGCCUUCUCUCUCUCACACAGCAGUGAUGGAGCCUUCUCUCUCUCACACAGCAGUGAUGGAGCCUUCUCUCUCUCACACAGCAGUGAUGGAGCCUUCUCUCUCUCACACAGCAGUGAUGGUGCUUUCUCCGUCACAGACAGCAGUGAUGGAGCCUUCUAUCUUACAGACAAGCGUAAUGGAGGCUCCUGAUACACAGGCAGCCGUGAUGCAGCCGACUCACGUGCAGGCAGCAGUGACUCUGCAUGUGUGUGACUUCUGUCACCUGCCACAUGUGUAUGAGACCUACUGGCUGAACUCUCCAACAGCAACCGCGUCCACAGUGCUGAUCCACCCUGCUGGUCUCACCCGCUGCACCGACUAAAACACAUACAUUGGAGCCCAGCCACUUGUUCACUGAUGAUGGAGCAGCUUGAGCGAUUGUGUUUUUCUGUCUUUUUCUUUCCUGUGUGAGAAAUAAAGUUGCUCUGAAUUACA